AUGCGUUGCCACCACAAAACUCCAACCAUGGAAGAGCUCUUACACAAGCUGUCCGGCGCCAAAUUCUUCUCCAAGCUGGAUGCAAAAAAAAAAAAUGGCUACUGGUCUGUCAAGCUUGACAGGGAGUCACAAUUGCUAACUACAUUUAAUUCUCCCUUUGGAAGGUACUGUUUUCGAAGAAUGCCCUUUGACCUUGUUAUGUCUCAGAAUAUUUUCCAACAAAGGAUGGACAUGAUCAUAGAAAAGUGCACUGGAGCUUUAGCGUCGAUCGAUGACGUUAUCAUCCACGGAAAAACCAAAGAGGAACACGAUCUCAACUUACGAAAUUUGAUGGAGACAGCACGAACUGCUGGCCUCACAUUUAACAGUAGCACAUGUGCAAUCGACCAGGAACAAGUUAAAUUCUUCGGUGCUAUCUUCGACAGGAAUGGGAUACACCCAGAUCCCCAGAAAGUGGAGGAAAUAAAAUCACUCCCCAGUCCAAUUAAUAUUACCGAGCUGCAGAAGGUACUAGGAAUUAUUACCUACAUGGCGCCAUUCAUUCCUAGGCUUUCAGACCUCACGGCAAGCCUCAGGGAACUCUUGAGAAAAGAUACUAUGUUUGGAGCAAUAGCUACCAGAAGUCACUGCAAGAAAUAA